AUGCAGUUGUGGGUAAAGCACCCGGCCAUUGAGCCGUUGGGCUCGACCUUGGAAGCAUCCGUCAAGGCCGAAGUGGGUGGCGGCAGGGCGGGAGCUCGACAGCCCCUUUGGGCAAUUGUAACCUCCGAACGGCGCUUCUUAUCUCCAGGCUUAGUCACCCUGGAUAGCGAGAAUACGGCAGGUCUCCAUCAGUUGCAAAUGGUCCGACAUGACCCGACGCAGACCUGGGCGGUUUGUUUCGUGAUCGCCUGUCUGGUGGUUCGAGUGGAAGCUGGGGUAGACCAGGGUGCCGGAAUUAAGGCAACUGUGGCCGGCAAAUGCCGUUUGCCGGUCCCCCAAUCACCAGUCAGCCUCGCUUCGGUAGGCGUGCCACGCCUUGCGUCGCGUUUCCAAGCGGCCCGGGUCGGCAGUUCUGACCAGCCUCCGCUGCCAUUGCCCAGCACUGACGUUAUCGCCGAUCGGCGGCCGAGGCGAGCGAUGGACGGCCAGCAGUAUCACCAGAGCGUGUUCCGCGCCCAACCAAACGAUGGGACGCAGCGCAAGAUCCAGAAGCGCAACCGGCCCCCUGUUUCCUGUCUGCUUUGCAGAACAAGAAAAGUCAAAUGCGACCGGCAGCAACCGUGUGAGAGGUGCGUCAAGAGCGGCGAGGCUGCUUUUUGCGAAUAUGCUCCACGUGCCAGUCGCAAGCCCCGGCCUGAGGGCAUGCGUGUGCAUCCCGAGGCCCGGCCCCGGCAUGAUGCGCUCUCGCGUCCCGUGCUCCAGGUCAGGCUCCAGAAGCUGGAGGACAUGGUGAACGGGCUGGUGUACAAUGUGCAGAAGGAGAGGCCGCCCCUAGACACCCCCUCCAGCUCAGAUCAGCGGACAGAUGCAGAGAGUCGCUCUGAUCUUGGUACACCGCCCAGUAGUAUCGGUGGGACCACACCGGCAAUCCUCACCUCCCAUACGGAAUCCAGCUACGUCGGUGGAACGCAUUGGGAGUCUAUCCUGGAGAGCAUCCAUGACAUCCGUGGUAUCCUGGAGACAGAAGCAGAAGACAUACCCAGUCCUUCGCCGCCGCCCCAUGUUUCUGCUCCGCAGGAGGUUGAUCUCAUCUUCGGCUACCAACAACCGAUCACGAUAGAGCAAGCCAUUGCCCGUCUCCCGCCAAAGAACAGGACAGAUCAGCUGGUCUUGCUCUACUUCAGACACAGGUUUACGGCCGCGCCAUAUAUACAUACUUCAAAGUUCCAAAGAGAGUACGACAGUUUUUGGCGAGAUCCCUCGUCUGUCAGCUUGCUGUGGUUGAGUAUUCUUGCCUCCAUUUUAUGGGUGGCAUCCUCCAUAUCUAUUGCGAAAGGGGAGGACCUAAGCAAGGAAUGCGAUGAAGCGAAUCCGGAGAAUUUGUCUAGGCUUGCUUCUGAGUGCUUGGUGUCGGGUGAUUACCUCGCUGCUAAGCCAUAUUCCAUCGAAGCAUUACUGCUUCAAGGGUUUACGGAACUCCAGAGAACCAAAGACUUCUCUCCCAGCCGCGUAUGGGCGAAAUUUGGAAUGAUGGUCCGCCUAGCGCAACGGAUGGGCUACCACCGCGAUCCUAAAUACCUGCCUAACGUCACACCAUUUGAAGGCGAAUUGCGCCGUCGAGCAUGGUUCUUCAUUGAGGUCUUCGACGUGCUGUUCUCAUUUCAGCUCGGGAUGCCACCUGCCAUUCGGGAAGACGAGUGUGAUACUGAAUCUCCAGGAAACCUGUACGAUCUCGACUUCGACGAGAACACCAUGGUACUGCCUCCUCCACGUCCAGCAACGGAAGCAACCUCAACCCUGUACCUUUGCUACAAGUCAAAGCUGUGCCGAAUGCUCCGGCGCGUGAUUCGAUUUGCUUUGUCCAUCCACCCACCAUCAUAUGAAGAAGUUCUCAGGCUACAUGACGAUAUCGAGCGUUAUCACGAUGCGGUCCCACCGCCGUUGAAGAUCCGCCCCAUCAAGUCAUACAGCUUCGCCGAUCAGUCACAUGAUAUCGUGCAUCGUUUGAUGCUGGAGAUGAUGUAUCUGAAAAGUUUAUGCGUUCUCCAUCGAAAGUAUCUGAGCACCGGCAAAGGUGACCCACGAUACGAUCUCUCAAGAAAGGCGUCUGUGAGCUCAGCCAUCCAGAUCCUCGACCUUCAUGCGGAAUAUGAGGCUGAGUGCCGCCCUGGUGGUCGGCUCUAUGAAGACAAGUACAUGCUCUCCACGUUAUCGAUGCAUGACUUUCUGAUUGCCUCGAUGAUUUUGUGCCUCGACAUGACCGAGAAUGCCCCGGUUAGUCAGGAGGAUCGGUCACGAAAGCUGCGAGCUCUGGGAUCAUCAUACAAGAUAUGGUCCGAGAGGAAAGAUACUUCGAAGGAUGCGGCUCAUGCAGCUAGGGUAGUCGGCGCUAUUCUGCGGAAGGUCUCCGCGCAGGAAACUCCGGCCAGAGUUCCAAUCCCACCACCGCCUCCUCAACCGGAAGUCAGAGAUGGCUCGCUGGCCAGUCUCUUGAACAACGACAACCAAUUGCCUCCCAUGGUCAGCAUGCCAGUAAUGGAUCAGUCGCAGCUAGCCAGCGCAAUGGACUUCUCCUUGGACUUUAUGGACCCCGCACCUUUGGACAAUGUGCUGAACGACAUUGGUCAAUAUGACUGGGUAAGAUACGCCCCCCUAGGUGGCUGCGAUGCACCCUUCUAA